AUGCCGUUGAGACGUAAGAACAAAAAAAUAGAUCGACAGGUGUUAGUCGAAAACGAGGAAUUACCACAGCCGAGUAAUGUCAUAGACAACAACUUUGGUGAUAAUACAAAUGCAAAUAUAUUUGCACGGAAUGAGGAUUCCAGCGAUGAUGACGAUAUCAAAUUUUGUCCAGCGAUAUUACCAACAAUGGAUAACGAGCUGGACGUAGGACAAAUAAGGAGUAAUAGAGAAAUAUUAAUGACAGAUGCGCCACCUGAUCAUUAUAACUAUACCUAUGCCGUCUUCUAUCUGCUGGGUAUCGCUACAAUGACACCAUGGAAUUUCUUUGUAACAGCAGAAGAUUACUGGAUGUAUAAAUUCCGAAACACCACUAUCAACGACACCACCAAUAUUACACCAGAUCUAACGCCAAUGCAAAAAAGCUUUACCUGUGAUCUCACACUCGCUGCAUCAAUAUCGGGCACAACAUUUCUCAUUCUGAAUGCAAUUUAUGGACAUCUCGUUUCGUUAAAAGUUAAAAUGCUCUCCACGCUGUUCACCAUUUUAGGCAUUUUCAUAAUAACAACAAGUUUCGUAGAAGUCAAUACCGAUCACUGGCAAGAACAAUUCUUUCUAAUUACAUUAUUUACAGUCGUAAUUAUUAAUAUAUGUUCGGCCACAAUGUCGGGCGGUAUAUUUGGCGUUGCCGGACUCUUUCCAUCACAUUACAUGACUGCCUUGGUGAGCGGUCAAGCCCUGGGCGGCAUAUUGUCGGCACUCGCAUUUAUUUUUGUGCUGGCAUUUGGUGCUGCGCCUAAUGUUACUGCUUUAAUAUAUUUCAUCAUUGGCAGUAUAUUGAUUUUGCUAUCGAUAAUCUGUUAUCUAAUAAUGUCACGUCGUCCAUUUUUCAAAUAUUACAUUGAGGGCGGCGAUAAGUUUAAAAUUUUGGCCGAUACGCCUUCACAUAGUCGUAGUGUUGAUAGUGGCGUAGAUCUGGAGCCGAAUAUCAAGGAGGUGUUUGGUAAAAUUUUCGUUGAAGCGGUUAAUAUAUGCCUACUUUUUGCCACGACACUCAGUGUGUAUCCUGCGGUGACAGUGCUCAUGCAAUCGGAGUACUAUGGCAAGGGAUACGCGUGGAAUGAUAUUUACUACAUGCCUGUGGUGAACUAUUUAUUCUUCAACUCGGGUGAUUACUUUGGUCGUAUAUUGGCCGGUUUGUGGGAAAUGCCACGCGAUAAUCCACAUACGGUGCUUCUAAUGACUGUGAUACGUUUGCUCUACGUGCCGCUCUUCUUAUGUGCAAAUAGUAAUGUACACAUUUUUUUGCCCGUUCUCGUACAUACCGAUGUUACAUUUAUUUUAAUGAUAAUUACAUUUGGCAUAACUAACGGUUAUUUAGCGAAUAUCAGCUUAAUAAUGGCACCCAGAUCCGUCAUGCGUCAUGAAAAAGAAAUGGCUUCAUCCAUUAUGGCUGCGAGUCUAAGUUUGGGUCUGGCGUUAGGUUCCUUACUUAGUAUGAUUUUCGUACAAAUGCUGUAAUAUUGAGUGUGCCGUUCACAAACCUAAGUGCCUUUUUUUGUACAUUACACACUAGACAUACAUACAUACAUAGAUUAGUUGACGAACAACGAGUUAUAUUUUAAUCAUGAUAUUAUUUUAAGAAGGGGCGAAAAGCAGCCGUGCCAAAAUUCAACUAUUUUAAAAUUUAUUUUUUAUUUAAUAAUAUAUUUUGUGCUAUACAAUAAGUCAAAUUCUGCGCCAAAUAUUUCACUAAGCACGCUUUAUUUUAUAUAAACAUUUGUGCAUUUGCCUAAAAAUCGACUAAAAUUUUUGUUCUCUGUCAGUUUUCGGCAAUUUAUACAUAUAUUUAUAUAUACAUAUAUUUCGAAGAUUUCUAUUUAGUUAUUUGGAUGGGCUGGAAUUAUGAUCGUUAUUUAAGAUAAAGUUAUUAAAAGUGGCAAUACAUUUUAAUGGAUUAAUAUAAGUUUUAUUCAUAAUUAUACCAUUUUAUGUAAUAUAUAAAUCAAUUUUGACUUAUUUA